AUGGUCUUGGACGUGGACGUGGACGUGGUCAUGGACGUGGAUGUGGACUUGGUCAUGGACGUGGACGUUGACGUGGACGUGGUCGUGGACGUGGACGUGGUCGUGGUCGUGGUCGUGGACGUGGACGUGGACGUUGAGGUGGACGUGGACGUGGUCGUGGACGUGGACGUGGACGUUGACGUGGACGUGGACGUGGUCGUGGAUGUGGACGUGGUCGUGAACAUGGACGUGGACGUGGACGUGGAGGACGUGGACGUUGACGUGACGUGGACCUGGACGUGGACGUGGACGUGGACGUGGACGUGGACGUCGAGAACGUGGACGUGGACGUGGAGGACGUGGACGUGGACGUGGACAUGGCAAGGUCGUGGACAUGGACGUGGACCUCGACGUGGACGUGGACGUGGACGUGGUCGUGGACGUGGACGUGGACGUGGACGUGGACUAGGACGUGGACGUGGUUGUGGACGUGGUCGUGGACGUGGUCGUGGACGUGGCCGUGGACGUGGUCGUGGACGUGGUCGUGGACGUGGACCUGGACGUGGACGUGGACUUGGACGUGGACGUGGACGUGGACGUGGUCGUGGACGUGGACGUGGACGUGGACGUGGUCGUGGACGUGGACUUGGACGUAGACGUGGACGUGGACGUGGAUGUGAACGUGGGCGUGGACUUGGACGUGGACGUGGACGUGGACGUGGCGUGGACGUGGACGUGGUCGUGGACGUGGACGUGGUCGUGGACGUGGUGGACGUGGACGUGGUCGUGGACGUGGUGGACGUGGACGUGGACGUGGACGUGGACCUGGACCUGGACUUGGACAUUGACGUGGGCGUGGACGUGGACGUGGUGGACGUGGACGUGGAUGUGGUCGUGGACGUGGACGUGGACGCGGACGUGGACGUGGACGUGGUCAUGAACGUGGACGUGGACUUGGACGUGGACGUGGACGUAGAUGUGGUCGUGGACGUGGACGUGGACGUGGUCGUGGUCGUAGAUGUGGACGUGGACGAGGACGUGGUCGUGGUCGCGGACGUGGACGCGGACGCGGACGUGGACGUGGACGCAGACGUGGACGUGGACGUGGACGUGGACGUGGUCGUGGUCGUGGACGUGGACGUGGACCAGGAUGUGGACGUAGACGUGGACCUGGACGUUGAGGUGGACGUGGCCAUGGUCGUGGACGUGGACGUGGACGUGGUCGUGGACGUGGACGUGGACCUGGUCGUGGACGUGGACGUGGUCAUGGACGUGGUCGUGGAGGUUGUGGACGUGGACGUGGUCCUGGACGUGGUCGUGGACGUGGACGUGGAACUAGACGUGGACGUGGACGUGGACCUGGACGUGGACGUGGACGUGGACGUGGAGAUGGUCGUGGACGACGUGGACGUGGACGUGGACGUGGACCUGGACGUGGAGGACGUGGACGUGGACGUGGUCGUGGACGUGGACGUGGACGUGGUCGUGGAUGUGGAUGUGGACCUGGACGUGGACGUGGACGUGGACUUGGACGUGGACGUGGACGUGGACGUGGACGUGGUCGUGGACGUGGACGUAGACGUGGACGUGGACCUGGACGUGGACCUGGACGUGGACGUGGACUUGGACGUGGACACGUGGACCUGGACGUGGACGUGGACGUGGACGUGGACGUGGACGUCGAGAACGUGGACGUGGACGUGGAGGACGUGGACGUGGACGUGGACAUGGCAAGGUCGUGGACAUGGACGUGGACCUCGACGUGGACGUGGACGUGGACGUGGUCGUGGACGUGGACGUGGACGUGGACGUGGACUAGGACGUGGACGUGGUUGUGGACGUGGUCGUGGACGUGGUCGUGGACGUGGCCGUGGACGUGGUCGUGGACGUGGUCGUGGACGUGGACCUGGACGUGGACGUGGACUUGGACGUGGACGUGGACGUGGACGUGGUCGUGGACGUGGACGUGGACGUGGACGUGGUCGUGGACGUGGACUUGGACGUAGACGUGGACGUGGACGUGGAUGUGAACGUGGGCGUGGACUUGGACGUGGACGUGGACGUGGACGUGGCGUGGACGUGGACGUGGUCGUGGACGUGGACGUGGUCGUGGACGUGGUGGACGUGGACGUGGUCGUGGACGUGGUGGACGUGGACGUGGACGUGGACGUGGACCUGGACCUGGACUUGGACAUUGACGUGGGCGUGGACGUGGACGUGGUGGACGUGGACGUGGAUGUGGUCGUGGACGUGGACGUGGACGCGGACGUGGACGUGGACGUGGUCAUGAACGUGGACGUGGACUUGGACGUGGACGUGGACGUAGAUGUGGUCGUGGACGUGGACGUGGACGUGGUCGUGGUCGUAGAUGUGGACGUGGACGAGGACGUGGUCGUGGUCGCGGACGUGGACGCGGACGCGGACGUGGACGUGGACGCAGACGUGGACGUGGACGUGGACGUGGACGUGGUCGUGGUCGUGGACGUGGACGUGGACCAGGAUGUGGACGUAGACGUGGACCUGGACGUUGAGGUGGACGUGGCCAUGGUCGUGGACGUGGACGUGGACGUGGUCGUGGACGUGGACGUGGACCUGGUCGUGGACGUGGACGUGGUCAUGGACGUGGUCGUGGAGGUUGUGGACGUGGACGUGGUCCUGGACGUGGUCGUGGACGUGGACGUGGAACUAGACGUGGACGUGGACGUGGACCUGGACGUGGACGUGGACGUGGACGUGGAGAUGGUCGUGGACGACGUGGACGUGGACGUGGACGUGGACCUGGACGUGGAGGACGUGGACGUGGACGUGGUCGUGGACGUGGACGUGGACGUGGUCGUGGAUGUGGAUGUGGACCUGGACGUGGACGUGGACGUGGACUUGGACGUGGACGUGGACGUGGACGUGGACGUGGUCGUGGACGUGGACGUAGACGUGGACGUGGACCUGGACGUGGACCUGGACGUGGACGUGGACUUGGACGUGGACGUGGACGUGGACGUGGAGGACGUGGUCGUGGUCUUGGACGUGGACGUGGACGUGGACGUAGACGUGGACCUUGACGUGGACGUGGACGUGGACGUGGACGUCGAGAACGUGGACGUGGACGUGGAGGACGUGGACGUGGACGUGGACAUGGCAAGGUCGUGGACAUGGACGUGGACCUCGACGUGGACGUGGACGUGGACGUGGUCGUGGACGUGGACGUGGACGUGGACUAGGACGUGGACGUGGACGUGUACGUGGUCGAGGACGUGGUCGUGGACGUGGCCGUGGACGUGGUCGUGGACGUGGUCGUGGACCUGGACCUGGACGUGGACGUGGAAUUGGACGUGGACGUGGACGUGGUCGUGGACGUGGACGUGGACGUGGACGUGGUCGUGGACGUGGACUUGGACGUAG